AUGAGCCGCGAAUUCACGGAAGAGUUUAUAAAGUUAUAUGAAAGCGAGCCUUGUCUUUGGAAUGUAAAGUCAAAAGAAUACCAUGACAGGAAUAAAAAAGAUACAGCAUAUGGGAAACUGGUCAACAAACAACAAGAAAUCGAAUCAAACGCCACAAAAGACAGUGUAAUAAAAAAAAUUAACAACCUCAGAAGCGCUUACAGAAAAGAGAACAAAAAAAUAAAACAAUCCAUUAAGUCUGGUGCGUCGGCUGACACUGUAUACAAACCAAAAUUGUGGUACUUUUCAUUGUUGAGUUUUCUGGGUGACCAAGAUACACCAAGAACUUCCCAUUCCAGUUUAGAAAACGAUUUUGAUAAUGAAAACAGUAUUUUUGGAAACGACAGUGAUAAUGAAGAACAAACGCCCCAGGCUCUUGCAACUUUAAGUGCGGUAAGUGAGGAAAAUAUAUUUCAUGAUGAAGCACAAUCCAGUGAUCAGGAACGAACACCACUAAAUAUUCGUCGAAAAAAACAAAGAGUUGAAGUAGAAAAACAAGAAGCUUUAGCAAAUGAAGUGUUGCUGACUGUAAAAGAUCAUUUUAGAAAACCUGCCAUUAAAGAAGAUCGUUUUGACAUGAGUGGUAGAACUAUUGCCAUGAAACUACGAGACCUGCCAAAAGAUCAAAUGCUAUUUGCUGACAGGAUCAUAAAUGAGACUUUAUUCCUAGCAGAAAUGGGUAGCUUAACACUGAACCAUAAAGUUUUUAAUACGGCAACAGAAAUUGCCUACCAUUCUCCGAUAAGUUCAAUAAUCACUUCUUCAGGAACUCCCAGCCCAAUAUUACAACAAUCAACAAUACAAAAUCAGGAAUACUACAACUAUCAACAAAGCGUACCACAAGAUGAACCUCAACCCAAAUCAGUUUCAGAUUUAUUCAGACAUUUUAAUUCUAGUUUGUGA